AUGAAUGAAAGAAAAAAUAGAUAUGAAGUGAAGAUUCAGGUUGGAAAUAGAUAUGAAGUGAAGAUUCAAGUUGGAAAUAGAUAUGAAGUGAAGAUUCAGGUUGGAAAUAGAUAUGAAGUGAAGAUUCAGGUUGGAAAUAGAUAUGAAGUGAAGAUUCAGGUUGGAAAUAGAUAUGAAGUGAAGAUUCAGGUUGGAAAUAGAUAUGAAGUGAAGAUUCAGGUUGGAAAUAGAUAUGAAGUGAAGAUUCAGAUUGGAAAUAGAUAUGAAGUGAAGAUUCAGGUUGGAAAUAGAUAUGAAGUGAAGAUUCAGGUUGGAAAUAGAUAUGAAGUGAAGAUUCAGGUUGGAAAUAGAUAUGAAGUGAAGAUUCAGGUUGGAAAUAGAUAUGAAGUGAAGAUUCAGGUUGGAAAUAGAUAUGAAGUGAAGAUUCAGGUUGGAAAUAGAUAUGAAGUGAAGAUUCAGGUUGGAAAUAGAUAUGAAGUGAAGAUUCAGGUUGGAAAUAGAUAUGAAGUGAAGAUUCAGGUUGGAAAUAGAUAUGAAGUGAAGAUUCAGAUUGGAAAUAGAUAUGAAGUGAAGAUUCAGGUUGGAAAUAGAUAUGAAGUGAAGAUUCAGGUUGGAAAUAGAUAUGAAGUGAAGAUUCAGGUUGGAAAUAGAUAUGAAGUGAAGAUUCAGGUUGGAAAUAGAUAUGAAGUGAAGAUUCAGGUUGGAAAUAGAUAUGAAGUGAAGAUUCAGGUUGGAAAUAGAUAUGAAGUGAAGAUUCAGGUUGGAAAUAGAUAUGAAGUGAAGAUUCAGGUUGGAAAUAGAUAUGAAGUUUCAGGUUGGAAAUAG